UGGAAGCAAGAGAGUGUCAGUGAAAGAAGGCAGUCUGACUGCACAGAAAAGGCGCUCGACAAACAGCGUGCACUCAUUGAGUCAGUUAUAUUCUGAACACGGACAGCUGGUGCAUUUGAGCCCAAAAAAACAGUUUUCAGUGUUGAGAAACAGCACAGAGGCAGGCUGAAAAAGAGGAAGUGGAGUGAAAAGAAAAGAGGAGAGGUUCUUCGUGGAGAGAUGGACUCAGAUUCUGGGGAACAGAGUGAAGGAGAGCUCUCUCCAGGGCAAGAGAGCUUCAAUUCCAAGAGUUUGGCCCUUCAGGCCCAAAAGAAGAUCUUGAGUAAAAUGGCCACGAUGGCCGUGGCAAACCUCCUUACAGACGACACCAGCAGCGAGAUUCUGGACGAACUCUACAAGGCCAGUCGAGAAUACACCAAGAGCAAGAAGGAAGCCCACAAAAUCAUCAAAGAUGUCAUCAAGAUCGCUCUGAAGAUAGGCAUUCUCUAUCGGAACCACCAGUUCAGUCCUGAGGAGAUGGAGACCGUGGAGCGCUUCAAAAAGAAGAUGAACCAGGCAGCCAUGACAGUGGUGAGCUUUUAUGAAGUGGAGUACACGUUCGACCGAGGCAUCCUUUCAGAGCUGCUGUUGGAAUGUAGAGACCUUCUCCACGAGUUGGUGGAGCACCACUUGACCAUGCGCUCCCACGGACGGAUUGACCAUGUUUUCAACCAUUUCGCUGAUGUGGAUUUCCUGACCGAGCUGUAUGGCCCAUCUGAAGACUACAGACUUAACCUGAGGAAGAUCUGCGAUGGGAUAAACAAACUCCUAGAUGAGGGCACACUUUAACCUCCAGUACCAGAGACUCUACCGGGAUUCCAACUGAAGGACUUUUACGCAACUUGUGUCCUCUGGUUUUGUUUGAAAUAUAGGCUGUCAUGAUAACUUGAUGAUGUGAUUGUAACCCACCUGUAGGUCACCCAGAUGCUGAUUAAAGUCAAAUCCUGGUCUUUAUUGUCAACGUACCGUUGAUUGUUUGGGGAAAAUCCAUUUAAGUGGAAAGCCUGAGAGAAUCUGUGUCAAGAAAUCCUGUCCUUUUGUGUGCAAUUGCAGGAACGUUUUAAUUUACGAGCUCCUUUAUAUGCACUGUAUGGAAUUUGACCUACCUAUCCUUUAAGAAUGACCAACAAUGCAACCCUAGCUUUCUUCUGUAUGUUUAAGAAUCAGUCCAGUUAAUCUACUCGAAAGUUAAAGGGAUAUAGUUCAACCCAAACUGAACAUUCUGUUGGCAUUUGCUUACCCAAAUCAAUGUUCCAAAUCAAUACCUAGUUUAUAGUUAAACUUAACUAAGAUUUUUAUUUGAUAUACAUGAUACAUACUGUAAAAUUAAAUAAAAAAAAUAAACAGCUUGUUCUAAAUCUGAAGAAAAUUUGAACAAAUGUUGCUAACAAUUGAUGUGAGCCAUUGAUUCUCAUAGUAUUUGGAAGACAAACUCUUACCAUUAAGAUUUUAGUUCUCAAAAUGUUUCCGAAAUUCUUUUGUGUUCUGCAGAGGGUGAGUAAAUCAUGACAGAAUAUUCCAUUUUUUAGGUUGUGGGGGGUGUAAACUAUCCCUUUAAUAGAAGAAAAAUGGCACGAGCCUUUGUUGAACAGAGCAUAUGCCAAAAUAAGUACAUAACUGAAACGCAGCAGAAAGAUUGUAAAUAAACUUUGGGGUUUCGGUCUUCUGUCUUUGCCUUUGUAAUGACUCAAUGUCAAAGCAGCUCCUAUGAUUCUGUGCUUGUUUUUUUCCAGAUCCUGGUGUUUCAGAGCAUGUAAGUAUACAGUAUGUAUACAGUACAUGCAGGAGAGAAAUGUGACUAUUCCGUAAGCCUGUUCAGUAACCCCAGAGUGUAGCACUAUUAUCUGCCAUUAAAUGAUCCAUAUGAACGUC